UCCUCCUCACCAACUAAACAGAACAGAACAGAACAGAACACAAGUAAUUUCAAACAUGGGGAGUUCAACAAGAAGCAGCUUCUAUGGUUUCUUUCUGGUGUGUGCGAUCUUGGCCGUCCACGUGUCUAUCUCCUCAUCAUCCACCCUUGCUUUCACCGGCGACAUUGACAACCAGCUCGGCGCCUUCUUCCUCCCGCUGAAGUCCGACUGCCGCGGAUCCAUCGCCGAGUGCAGCCUGCUCGUCGGAGAUGAAGACGACACCGAGUUUCUGAUGGAUUCUGAGAGCAACCGGCGCAUUUUAGCCGGCAGAGGGAGAUACAUUAGCUAUGGUGCGCUGAGGAGGAACACCGUCCCUUGCUCACGACGCGGCGCUUCCUAUUACAAUUGUCGGCCCGGCGCUCAGGCCAACCCCUACCGUCGCGGAUGCAGUGCUAUCACCCGAUGCAGGCGUUGAAGUUCUUCUACUCAUUUUAUCUUUACCUUUUUUUUUUUUUUUGAUUUUUUUUAUAUAUAUAUACUUUUGUAAUUGAUGAGAAUCGGUAUCGUUAUGCUACUACUACAUAUAUACAUACAAUUAGAGAAAGAGCAGUGUAAGUUCAAUAAAAUUUAAUUGCCGUUUGUAUUUGUAUUUGUAUUGUAAUUUAAUUUUAGGUAAACAUCUUAUUAUUGAUUAUUA